AUGGUGAGAGAACAGACCCAGGACCCAAACAACAACAGUUCUGCAGAGCUGCACAUUAACCCACAACCCAGCGACACCCAGAAGAUCCAGGCAGCAGCAGUGGACGCUGAGCCCGACACUAUAGUAUUGAUCUGGAAGAUUCCAUUUGGCCAAAAAUAUAAUAUGAAUUGCAGUAUUUUCAAUAUCGUAAAAUGCCGCUUGACAGCUGACAAGACACUAUACCCUAAGGCCCACGGGGUUCUCUUCCACCACAGGGAUAUAGGAGGCAUGCCGACAGAACCGCGUCCCUAUUUUCAGAAAUGGGUGUGGUUCAAUAUGGAGUCACCUGCACACACAACUCCAAACCCUGAACUUAAUGACGUAUUCAACUUAACAUGCAAUUAUCGCCUCGAUUCAAAUAUUCCAGUGCCUUAUGGGUCUCUGGUGCCAGUGACGUCACAAGAUAAAAGUUUCAAAUUGCCAGCAAAGGACAAGUUGGUGUGUUGGAUCGUGAGCAACUGGAACCCGGGGUCAAAGAGAGUUCAGUUCUACAAUGAACUGAAGAAACACAUCAACAUUCAUACUUAUGGAGGAGCUUUUAGCCAUCGUCCAAGUGACAAAGGCUAUAUAGAGAUAGUUUCUAGUUGUAAAUUCUACCUCUCCUUUGAAAACUCUAUCUACAAAGACUACAUCACAGAGAAGGUAUACAGACCUAUGAUUUGGGGAACUGUACCAGUAGCUCUGGGCACUCUCCAUGAGUCCUAUGAGGACAAUAUCCCUCCUGAUUCUUUCAUUCAUGUCGAUGACUUUUCCACUCCGAAAAAAGGGAAGGGGAGUCAUCAAAUGCAAAAACAGUGA